UAUAGUGUGAUCGCGAGCCGCUGAGGAAGACAGUCUCGAGUCUCCAGACUUUAGAGAGAUGAUUACCAAGUCCUAAAUGACUUACCAGGAUGCUUACAGAUUGUAUGAGUAAGCGAACAGUGUUGCCUACCUGUGAAAAAAAACGGUGUUACGCGCAUGUGUAUGAGUGUGUGUGUACUACUACCCAUAUACCAAGCAUCUCGGCUCGAACAGGAGCGCAGAGUCUGUUCAUCACACCGUCUGGAGGAGAGCAGUCUGUGUUCCAAGGUGACAGCUUCUUCGUGUCCUGCUCCAGUAGUGCCACCAACGUCCAGAGGGUCAUGUGGACAGGUCCGGAGGGUCAGCAGAUCACCGACUAUAAGGGCAGUGUGCCUUAUAACGAGUUACCAAGGUGAUAAGUAUGAGAUCAGUAAGGAGCGUCCUAAUAGUCUUAUUGUCCACAACGUGACCCUUGACGACGCUGGAGAAUAUAGCUGUGUUGCCCUCCAACUCUCGUCCCGGCUUUCUGACUUCAAGGACUUUGCCAUCAAUGUUAAGAUUCACCACAAGCCUCAGUGGCUGGAUGACCACAUGAACCAAGCCUACAGCUAUGUGAUGGGAGAGGUAAAUCUAACCUGUGAGGCUGUGGCAGAACCUCAAGCCAACUUCACAUGGAUCAAGAAAAGUCAGAUUAUCACCCCAUCUGAUACUGUCCAGAUCUUUAAUGACGAUCAUAAGAGCGUAUUGCAGUUGACAGUCACAGACCCAGACAUGUUUGGAGACUACCUGUGCAAAGCGGAGAACAAGCUAGGAACACUGGAACGAGCCAUCAUUUUAGAGAAGGGGGCCAAGCCUGCUGUGCCUACUGCCACGGUCACCCAUGCAGAAGUGAAUGCUCUACAUCUUGCCCUCUCAGCCAAAAAUUACCCUGAAAUGCCAAUUUUGGCCUAUCGGGUACAAUACAAGAUGGCAGGAGAUGACUGGAAGUUUGCACAAGCCAUGGAGUUUAAAAAAGGUGAUAGCUACAUCAUCAACAGCUUGGCUGAUGACACACUGUACGUACUUCGUGCAUCAGCCAAGAAUGCUGCUGGUUACUCUGACUUCUCUCAGGAAGUAAUAAAGAAGACUGAGAAAGUUCAGGCAGACUCUGUCCAUUUUGCUUCUUCUCCUGCUGUUAGGUCUUCUUCAAUCAUCUUAUUUUCUCUUGUUCUUUCUUCUGUCUUCUUGUGAACUUUAGAGAGAGAAUGUUAUAGCAUUUUAUUAGCUUGAGAAAAGUAUGACUUUAUGGUCAUUUUUAUUUGCACAUUUUAGCUCCAACUAAAUAUUACAAAAUUCUUUUAUAGGAAAAUUAUAACUAUAAAAUUGGAACAAAACUGUGCUUUCCACCAUUGUGUUAUAAAGGUACAGAACAGUAUUGUAUUUUUUACAAUUCAAGGGUCAUGACUAUUCAGAUCUCUAAAUGAUACUCAGAAUGAGCUUAACAUGAAAUACUUUAAAAAAAAGUACUAUACUGAUUUUUUUUUUUUUUUACUUUUUUAAACUUUCCUGCUCAGUUUAUCCCUGUUAUCUUUUAUUUAUGCGGUUUGUUCUCUCUUUUUCUAGUGUUAGAAUUUGUAAUUAACUAAAGGCAGUGUGUUAAUAUACAUUAUAUUAUUUUGCUAUAUUAUACUGUCAGUGCUUUGACUCUGUGAAUAGUCCUGUUACUUCUCAGAUGUGAUGCAAGUCACUGCGAACAUAGAUUUUCAAAAUUGUAUUUUUAACAUAUGAAGAAAAUCUUGAUAAAACUGUGUCCAUGGAUCAUACUGUUGAAUUAUGACUUUCCCUACAACACAAACUGAAGCCAAAGUCUCAGUAUUAGAAGUUCAUCUUUUAAUAAUGCCCUUUGAUACUCUGAUGCCAUGAUAAUGUUUUUAUGCAGUUAACUCGAGUAACAUAUCCAGAUAUGUUCACCAAAUUAGAUUUGAUGCAAGUUUCUACUAACAUUCCAGUUGUUAGAUGAAAUAGUUUUAACAGCACCUUUGUUUACCACCAGAACAGGAGAGUAAUACUCGUUUGAGACGUGACGUGUACCAGGUAUCACUUAUCAUGUCUCCUUGUCACUGGCCAUACAUGAAGCUUGGGUUUUUUAUAUGCUAUGGUAUAUGGUGUAAACCUUGGUGAUUGAUACUGACAAAUUGGUUUAAAAAGACACAUGAGCAAAGACUAGAACAUACACAUAUUUAUGUCCUAGUGUUUGCUCAUGUGCUGUGGUAUAUAUAUAUAUAUAAUACAUAUUUAUAUGGAGCGAAACAGAAUGACUUCAAGAGUGUAUCAGUCUGUAGUGGAAGGAAGGCGGGGUAGGGGUCGGCCUAGGAAGGGUUGGAGGGAGGGGGUAAAGGAGGUUUUGUGUGCGAGGGGCUUGGACUUCCAGCAGGCAUGCGUGAGCGUGUUUGAUAGGAGUGAAUGGAGACAAAUGGUUUUUAAUACUUGACGUGCUGUUGGAGUGUGAGCAAAGUAACAUUUAUGAAGGGAUUCAGGGAAACCGGCAGGCCGGACUUGAGUCCUGGAGAUGGGAAGUACAGUGCCUGCACUCUGAAGGAGGGGUGUUAAUGUUGCAGUUUAAAAACUGUAGUGUAAAGCACCCUUCUGGCAAGACAGUGAUGGAGUGAAUGAUGGUGAAAGUUUUUCUUUUUCGGGCCACCCUGCCUUGGUGGGAAUCGGCCGGUGUGAUAAUAAAAAAAUAAAUAAUAAUUUAUAUUAUAGUUUGAUAUGCCUUUGGUGUGUGAGCAAGGUAACAUUUACAACAGGAUUUGGGGGGAAAACAAUUACCCAAAAUUUAUUCCUGAUAAAGGGAACUACAGUGCCUGCACUCUGGCAGGAGGGAGUGGAUAUGUUACUGUGUAGAGGGUCAUCUGAAUCAAGAGGUUUACACACUUGUGGUAAGAUAGCUGGAAAUAAGACAGUCCUCGAUGACACACUGACUUUCUUGGGUUAUCCUGGGUGGCUAACCCUGCAGGGUUAAAAAUUUGAAGGAAAUCUUAACUGAAUACUGGUGAAUGUUUCCCUUUCUCAGUCACCCUACCUUAUCCCGAGAUGACUGAUGUGGUUGUCAAUUUUAUAUAUAUAUAUAUAUAUUAUAUAUAAACAAUGUUUUAACAUGCUGGCCAUCUCCCACUGAGGCAGAGUAACAAAAAAAAAAAAAAAUUGCCAUCAUUCACACCAUCACUGUCUUGCCAAAGGCGAGCAGAUAUGACACUUCAGAUGUCUCUCCAAACAGCAAAUAUCCCUCCUUUAGUAGUGGACACUGAUGAGUUAAGUAAACCUACAUAGACAAAAAGUGGACUGUGAAAGGAGACUGUAUAUUUCAGUCUCCUUCAGGGAUCUUCAGUAACCAAGAUCAGAAUGCAGUCUUUUUGUACUCUGUCUCCAUUUGGGUUUUCUCAGUUCAUAUACAAUCAGUGUAGUGAAUGAGAUUUGAACCCACAGUCUGGAAGUCCUGGAAUUACCAGCUUAACAUUCUUAGCUACUGGGCUACAGAGAGAGAGAGAGAGAGAGAGAGAGAGAGAGUGUGUGUGUGUGUGUGUGUGUGUGUAAAUUUAUUUACAGUACUUUAGUAAGAUUUGAGUAAUAUCAGUUUGAGAUGAUGUAAAUAUCUGAAUUUAUAAUUUUAAAUGCUUGCCAACCUCCUGUUUGUAGCAUAGUGUUUAUUGAAAAUGAACUUGGAUUCAUAGAUGGCCACAUAUAUAUUAGGCAUGAAGGCCCCCCGGAAACAUUUGCGAUAUGUAGCUUCACCUGGUGCAGUGCAGAACCAGAGAUACAUUACUCUUUGAUCUGAGGACUGAGUUUGGCAGAUCUGUAAUAACUAAUGUUCCACAAAUUUCAUGUGUGGGUAUUUACUCCCAUUUGUUGUUCAUUGUAAGUGAUGUUUCUAAAUAACUUUGGUUGGAUUUAACUUAAACAAAUCUUGUAUACCAUGUUAGUGAAAUGUUGUGCUUAUCGAUUAUAUAUUUAGACUACUUCCUUCGUGUUUUGCUGUGGUGAUUCUUAGAAGCAAUGAUCUUUAUCUAACCACUGAUCUCUGAUAUUUUUUUUCUCUUAAAAGCUUUUUGCAUUUUCUAUGAAUAAAUUAGUUUAUUCCUCAAAUUAACCUAUUUUAAGAUUUCACUGCAUAUUGCAAAAUUGUGUGUUCAUGUGAGAUAAACCUGUGUUAUUGAUCAAUAAUUAAACUGAAUAUGGAUCUUAAUUUUUUUUUUUUUUCAACAAGUCGGUCGUCUCCCACCGAGGAUCUUAAUAUUUAAAUCAAACUCGUGUAGAAAAAAAACUUAUUCACUGUUGUAUGCUGUAUAUAAUGGCUGUAGCUAUGGCUCUCCUGUGUUGUAAAUGCUCUCCAUUAAUGCAUAAAUGUGGUAUAUUCAUUAACAUUUGCUCACUUCCCCAAAAAAAUCUUAUACUCAACUUGUAUCAGAUUAUAUUUUGCAUAUACGAUGUCAUAUGCAUUGAAAGGUAUAUUUUCAUUGUAUGAUGUAGUUUUGUGUGAGUUUACACCACAGGUAGCAGUUAUUGUGCGAUCUAGAUUGUCUUGAUACAAAGACACUGACCAAUGUGCAAAAAUAUUUCUUUUUGGCUGCCAUUUUUCCUACUUCUAAAAUAUAGUCUUAACUUGUAGAGUAUUCUGAGUGUGCCAUUAUUCAGUCCUCACUACAGAACUAAUGCUGAUUUUGUCAUCACUCAGUUUCUCUAGAUCUGACAGAAAUCCCAUUCACUCAACUGCAUUCUUGAAUGCCAGCUUGACUUGUUAACCAACAUCAUUUAUAAGAUUUGUUUUACACAGUACAAGAUGAAGACUUUUUUUUGGAUUGUUAGCCCCGGAGGGCUGUUAAUACAGGAUAGUUAAGCACUGUUGCUUAUUUACAUUGUCUUUUGGUAAGCUUCCCAAAGAUGCAACCAACAAUAGUUAACUAACACCUGUUUACUUCUAGGUGCACCAAAGUGCAACAAGACGUGCCAAUGUCUCUAACUUCCCUGGGAUUGAACCCAGGUCCAUCGAUCGAGACCCUAACACUACUACUGAACUAAGAGUCGCUCAUUAUUAUUAUAAUAAAAACUAAGUGCUAAAAGAAUCACUCAUUAAAAGCCUUCAUAUUAAACAUUUGGAGAUACUUGGCAGGCAUUAUUAAGCAAAGCUUGUGCUAAGAAACUGCUCUGAACUAUUCUUUCAUUAUUCUUUGGAACUUUUGCAAGAUCUAACCAACAGUUAGCUAAUUUUUUUAGAAUUGGUAGUAAUUACUAUUUAUUAUUGUCCAGCCAACUUCAAAAGGACUGUACUACUGUUUGUUGUACUUGGCCAAGGAUUUUUGAAACCAAAGAUUUAACACUGUGAAUUUUUGUUAUUGUUUGUUAGAUUAUGGUCUCUAUUAUUCUAAAGACUUUUGACCCUGUUUGACAAAACAUGGUUGUGAAAGUAAAAUGUUGAGUUUGUUAAUUCAUUGCCAGAAGUUACUUUGUUCAUGUGUUUGAGUAGAUUAUAUCUGUAAUCAUUAGAUUUGAAAAAAAAAAUUCUUUAGGUCAUUGAAAUCCAUCUGUAGGCCUUGCUGUAUAAUUGUCCCAGACAACAGGUGAGCUAUUUGUAAAAAAAAAAAAAAAAAAAAAAAAAAAAAAAAAAAAUUGCAGCAUUAUGAUCAGUGGUAAUCUUGGAAACUGUCCCACAGACAUUCAACUGGAACCAAAUGGUAAAUAUAAUGGCAUAUGAAUGUAUGAUCUUUUACCAUGGGCGAGUGAGAGCAUGUCGUGUCUGUUACUUUAAUGCUGACAUAAUGACACUUAUUGUUUUCAGGAGUGUGUGAACGUGUGCAUCUAUUAUUGUGGUGUAGGGUUUAAGCUUAUAGCACUCGGCAAGGGGAAUGGAAAUUUAUACUGUAUAAGAAUUCUGAACUUUAACUUAGCACACUGAACAGAAGCAGACAGGGUAACAGAAUGCAGUAUAAGUAUGCCUGUGUUAUGGAGCCAAAAACAUAUUUACAGAGCAUUUGUUUAUUAUUAUUAUAAUCAAAAAGAAGUGCUAAGCCACAAGGGCUAUACAGCAUUUGUUUAAAUUUUUCUAGAUGUGUUCAUUCAUUACCUGUCAAUUAAUUUUAAACCGCAUUACAAAAAGGUCAGACUAUUUGGGCUAAUUAACAAAAUUUUAAGCGAAUGCUAAAUUCAAUCAUUUUGACAAAUUUGUUCUAAUGUUUAAAAUUAAAUGCAUAAUUUUUAAAAUAGCAAAGGUGUAUUGAACCAAAGAGUUGUGUCUGUGGCCCUGUUUAGCAAGUGUUCUAGGUGCUAGUCACCCCUUCAUGUACAUAACAUGUUUGGCUCUUUGCUGAGCUAUUAAAAAAAAAGUGCCGGAAGUGUG